GAAAAUCCUCAUCUUUUUUCCCAAAAGUUUACCACAGUGGAUACUAUGUUUUGGCAAAAUGCUCAAGCAAGAUGGAUUAAGCAUGGCAAGAAGUGGAACCAAUUCAAAUUACCAGAGAAUGACAUCCUUAUUGAUGAUGCCAAUGGUUUGCAGCCUCUUUAUUCUGUCAAAUGGCCUGAUGUUAACAUUGUGUAUGUCCCUAUCAAUGUUCGGUCUAGUCACUGGGUAUUAGGAGUUGUCCACCUUCAUCGAAGGAUUAUAUACGUAUAUGACUCAUUGAUGGACAUCAAUAAUAAUGCAAGAUUGCAAGUUGCCAUUAAACCAUUAGCCAAAUUGUUGCCGCAUAUAUUGAAUGCAAUAGCAUAUUAUGGUUUUCAUGGUGACACAAAAGUUAACUACCAAGAAUGGGAAAUUGAACGGCUGCAAGAUAUUCCUCAACAGGAAAAUGAUGGUGAUUGUGGCAUGUUUGUUAUCAAAUAUGUUGAAUACUUAAUGCACAACCAUCCAUUGAAGUCAUUAACAAGUGCAGGAAUGGACUGGUUUUAGGAAAAGA